AGAGUUGUGCCUUGCCUCCAGCCACUGGCAGCCAGUGCUCUACGGUGCUGGAGGGACGCAGCUCCACACUGUCGCGCCAAAUUAAAGGUCCCUCCCUUUAAUUUAACUGUGAUGUUAUUGGCUCCUGGAAGGAUACAUUAGCUUUACACGUAAAUGUCAAGGAAGGAGAGGGAGAAGAAUACGAGGAAGUAAUCACGCUACUUGAAGAUUUUUUAUUUAAGAGACUCUGCAACUAAAAGAUCUCCUGGAGUGGAGUCGACGUGGAUACAGAAUACAGAAUACAGAAUACAGAAUACAGAAUACAGAAUACAGAAUACAGAAUAACCUCAAGAGGCUGCCAGUUGUCGCUGCACCAACAGAUGGAGAUGGUCUGGAAGGUUCUGUGUCUUCAGCUCCUCCUCUGCCAGACAUGGAGCCUGUCUUCACACCACCACUUAGACCAUAUGCUCAAUGCUCAAACAGCCCUCAGGUCCUUGGAUGAGCCAAUGAGGUUUGACCCCUGCUGUCUCCUGGCCCCUCCCCCACCCCCACUCUUCCCUCCACCCUCCCUGCUCUGGAAGCGAGGGACUACGGUUGACUACCCAGUGAAAGAGGGAGGAGGAGGAGGAGGAGGAGGAGAGGAGGAGGAAGAGCAGAGGUAUAAACAUCUGCCUGUGAUCCAUGGAUGUAAACCAGGACCCCAGGGACCCAAGGGACUCCCAGGACCAGAGGGUCCCAGUGGAAUGCCAGGAAUUAGUGGACCAAAGGGAGACAAGGGAGAGAUCGGACGACCAGGGUCAAAGGGUCGUACUGGUCCUCCUGGGUUACCAGGGAGACAGGGACCAGUCGGAUGGCCCGGUCCAGAGGGACCCAAAGGAGAGAAAGGAGAGCUGGGGCUGAUGGGCCUACCGGGCCUGAGAGGACCACCUGGAACCAAGGGUCUUCCUGGUUAUAAAGGAGAGAAGGGGUCUCGUGGUAAUUCAGGCAUUUUAGGACCAAAGGGCAACAAGGGCUCCAUAGGUCUCUCUGGGAUGUUGGGACAGAAGGGUGCGAUGGGAUCGAAGGGAGACCCAGGAAUUUCAGGAAAGAGAGGACCAACUGGCCGACCUGGGAAGAGAGGACAACAUGGUAUGAAGGGUCAGGGUGGAACCCCAGGUCCAAUGGGUCCUACAGGUCCUGCUGGUCCCUCUGGUCAUCCUGGACCCCCUGGGCUACCUGCCUCAGGCCUGUACCUGGUAGGGGAGAAGGGAGAUAAGGGUGUAGCGGGGUCUCCAGGUGUCUGUGACUGUACCACCUACGGCGGUAACACCCCUGGGGGAGUCAACAGCCCACACUACGGCAGUUACACCCAACGAGGCAACGAUCACAAAGUCCCCGUGAUCUUUGUAGUGGACAGUGAGGAAGAGUUGGAUCGUCUCCACACGGUCAAUGCCAUCGCCUUCAGGAAGGACCAGAGAUCUCUCUACUUCAAAGACAACGAUGGCUGGCAGCCCAUACAGGCUCUCCAGUCGACAGAGAAGGUUCCGGAGCGGGUGGGUGUGUGUGGGGACGGACUGGUGCAGAACGGAGAGGAGUGUGAUGAUGGAAACAACAUCGUCACAGAUGCCUGUCUCAAUUGUAGGUGGGCGUACUGUGGAGAUGGAUAUCGUCAUGAGGGCCUGGAGGAGUGUGAUGGAAAUGACUUUGGUUUCCAGACCUGCACAUCAUACCUCCCUGGGUCUUUUGGCCAUCUCAGAUGUACUGGGUCCUGUUCCAUCGAUUCUACUGGUUGCAAAUACUUCACCUGAGCCAAUGAGAAGAUGGCAGCAUUGCAGUAUUACCAAUUGUGAUUGGUCCACCUUCAGCGAGCCUCUCCUUGUUGUGGUCUAUACUCCAGCUCUGUUCUGGAGUGUUCCGUAAAGAAGAUUAGAAAUGUCUGCAGCCCUUUUCAAGGCGCUGUA